AUGCCUACUCUUCACCAAUACGACUAUAUCUUCGGCAUUGGCACCGUGUUUGCCUUGCUCGAUGCCUUCAACAACGGUGCCAACGAUGUUGCCAACUCGUGGGCCACGAGUGUUUCCUCCCGCUCCAUCACGUACCGCUGGGCCAUGGUCCUAGCAACCGUUUGUGAGAUUGCCGGUGCCGUCGCCACCGGUGCCCGUACCGCGUCGACCAUCAAGGACGGCAUCAUCCCGGCCUCCGCUUUUGAAGGCAACGCCGGCGUCCAGCUCCUCGCUUUCGCCUGCGCCAUCGCCGCGGCCUCGUCCUGGGUCAUGUGGUGCACCGCCCACUCCACCCACGUGUCGUCCUCGUACUCCAUCAUCUCGGCCGUCGCUGGUGUCGGUGUUGCCACGGUCGGUGCCUCGCAUGUCCAGUGGGGCUGGAACAAGGGCAAGGGUCUCGGCGCCGUUUUCUCCGGCCUGGCGCUUGCUCCCUUGAUUUCCGGCGGCUUCGCCGCCUCCAUCUACCUGCUCAUCAAGUUCAUCGUCCUCCUCCGUGCCAACCCCACCAAGUGGGCCGUCUACACGUCGCCGUUCUGGUUCUUCCUGGCCGCGGCUGUCUGCACGCUGUCCAUCGUCUACAAGGGUGCGCCGCAGUACCACCUGACGGACAAGCCCUCCUGGUGGGUUGCUUCGGUCAUUGUCGGCACCGCUGCCGGCGUUGCCCUGAUUGCGACCCUUUUCUUUGUCCCUUACAUUUACUGCCUCAUGAUCAAGAAGGACCAGUCCAUCCGCUGGUACCACAUCUUCUACGGCCCCGCCCUCCUUCGUCGCCCCGUCGAGGCCGGCGAGAGCGUCAAAGUCCCCAACUACAACGUUGUCCAGGAGGAAGACAUGGAGCCUGAGUCCGCUCCCGAGUCCGCCGAUGCCGAGGCCGGCGCCGGUGAGCCGCUCAAGGACAAUGCUGUCACUGUCGUCGAUGCCAACAAGGAAGCCAACUUUGAUGAGGAGAAGUCCCAGGCCAAGUACAGGGAUAUGAUGGAGCAGUCCAAGCGCAAGCUCAAUGCCAAGCUUGAGGCCAAGCCCGGCCCGCUCGGCUGGGCCAUGCGCACCCUCCGCGACCACCCCAUGGGCGCUGGCUCCAUCUACGAGCUGCACAACAUUAAGCGCUUUUUCAUCCGUCUGCCCGCUAUGAUUGUCUGCGGCGCCCUCUACGGCGUCAACUACGACAUCCACGCCGCGCAGACCGGUGUCCUCGGCACCCCUGAGGGUGAGCGCAUGGCCCGCGUGUACUCCCACGCCCGCCGCUACCCCAACGAGGUUGAGCACUCUUACUCCUUCAUCCAGGUCAUCACCGCUUGCACUGCCUCGUUUGCUCACGGCUCCAACGACAUUGGCAACUCUGCCGCUCCCUGGGCGGCCAUGUACGCUGCCUGGAAGACGGGCACUGUCAACGAGAGCGGCAAGAACCCUGUCCCUGUCUGGCAGCUUGCUGUUCUGGCCAUCACUCUCGCCAUUGGCUUCAUCACCUACGGUUAUAACAUCAUGAAGGUCAUGGGUAACAAGAUUACGUACCACUCUCCUAGCCGUGGUUGCUCCAUGGAGAUGGGCGCCGCUAUUACCGUCCUGCUCGCCGCCCAGUACAGCCUCCCCGUCUCCACCUCCAUGUGCAUCACCGGUGCUACCAUUGGUGUUGGUCUCUGCAACGGCACUUACAAGGCCGUCAACUGGCAGCGGGUUGGCCUCUUGCUUACCGGCUGGAUCCUGACCAUCCCCAUUGCUGGCACCGCUGCUGGCUGCUUGGUCGGCCUGUUCCUCAACGCUCCUCACUUCUUGACCUCGUAA